AUGCAUAAGUUACCGGUGCUAGGCCGCAAACGCCGCACCAACCUUCUGGUCUGGUGCUUCGCCUUCAUCUGCGCCAUCCUCGCCGUCAUCGUCAUCAUCGCCGGAAUCAUCGUCUUCAUCGGAUACCUCGCAAUCCGCCCCAAAGUCCCUCUCCUCUACGUCAACGCUGCUCGCCUCGACGACGUCAUUUACAACCAGGCCAGCGUUCUUGCCGUCCGAUUAACAGUCGACAUAAAAGCCGAGAACCAUAACCAGAAAGCACACGUCAGUUUCUACAACACGAGGCUUACGCUACAGUACCAUGGGCUGAGCAUCGCACUGCUGGUGGCGGAUCCGUUUGAGGUGAAGAAGAAUACUUCGGAGGAGUUUUAUUACGUGGUGGAAUCGUCGCCGAUUCCGUUGGGGAAACAAGAACAGUUGCUGACGCAACAAGCGUUGCAGAAAGGAUUGUUUCCGUUCUUCUUGAAAGGGAAUUCGAGAACGAGAUGGAGGAUUGGGUCAUUGGGAUCGGUGAAGUUCUGGUUGCAUAUCAAUUGCCAUAUGUGGUUGCCGACGAAUAGCUCCGUCGUAUUCCCUCAUUGCAGCACCAGUUCGCAUUGA